AAUAGGGGAGGAGGGUUUGGGUCACUGGGGGUGAGGGCCUGGCGAUUAGAGAUGUUUAAAUCGACCAUUGUCUGCAAGGGUUCAUGAAUGAAAUGAACAGAGUUCGGUGCCACUUGGAGCAGAGUUAAAGGAACCGUCUGUUCACUAUUCAGCGGCGAUUAAGAAAUCAGUUGUAUUUCAUGUUCGUAGGUGGCUCUUAACCAUCUACAGAGAAAUUUCUGGUGCUACAGAUGACUGAGAAGUCACAAUGAGUGUAAAGGCAUUUGAACUUGUUCCUGUGCUUGGACAGGAUCUGCUGAUAGGAGACAAAUCUUGGAUUUCUGUUGAUUGCAUUGAAUGUUGUGGGAAGAACCUUUAUGUAGCUACAAGUGACUGCUGUAUCUAUCACUUUAAAUUGGAAGAGAAAGCAUCUGUCUCCGGAAGACUUGCGUUUACUCCAACAAAACAACUACACAAGUAUCUAGGGGUAAAAAAAGCUGUGAAUGAGCUGAAGGCAGCAUCUGCUUUGAACAGGCUAUUGGUUUUAUGUGACAAUAUUGUAAUUUUAAUGGAUAUGAUCAGCCUGGAGCCUGUACCAUCAGGAGCUAAAAUCAAAGGAAUAACUGCAUUUGUUGUGAACGAGAACCCAGUGACUGGAGACCCCUUCUGUAUUGAGGUUUGUGCCAUUUCAAUGAAGCGGAAAACUGUACAAAUGUACACAGUACAUGAGGACCGUGUUCAGUUAAUAAAAGAAAUCUCCACACCGGAGCAGCCAGUUGCUAUGGCUGUGGAUGGGUACUUCCUUUGCUUGGCAAUGAGCACACAAUAUAUUAUUUUGAGUUAUAAUACCGGAACUUCACAGGACCUGUUUCCAUAUAAUAGUGAGGACAAACAACCGAUUGUGAAGCGCAUUGGUCGAGAGGAAUUUCUGUUAGCUGGUCCAGGUGCAUUGGGAAUGUUUGUAACAGCUGCAGGAAUCUCCCAGCGUGCACCUGUUCAUUGGUCAGAGAAUGUGAUUGGAGCGGCUGUGUGUUUUCCUUAUGUGGUAGCUUUGGAUGAAGAAUUUGUUACAGUACACAGCAUGCUUGACCAACAGCAGAAGCAGUCCAUUCCAUUCAGAGAUGGCCAUAUACUACAAGACUUUGAAGGGAAACUGAUUUUAGCCACAAGUAAAGAAGUGUAUAUCUUGGUACCCUUGCCCUUGGAAAAACAAAUUCAAGAUCUUCUGACCAGCCAGAGAGUAGAAGAAGCACUGCUCCUAACAAGAGGAGCUCGACGAAACGUUCCAAAAGAGAAAUUCCAGGGUAUGUACAGAAGAAUUCUGCAGCAAGCAGGAUUUAUACAGUUUGGCCAGCUUCAGUUUUUAGAAGCUAAAGAACUCUUCAGGAACGGCCAGCUUGAUGUUAGAGAGUUGAUGUCUCUCUAUCCAUUACUGCUUCCUUCAACUUCAACAUUUAUACGGUCACAUCCCCCACUACAUGAAUACGCUGACUUAAAUCAAUUAAUGCAGGGUGACCAGGAGAAGAUUACAAAGUGCAAGCGAUUCCUUAUGAGCUACUUGAAUGAGAUUCGGAGCACUGAAAUAGCCAAUGGUUAUAAAGAAGAUAUCGACACAGCUUUACUAAAACUGUAUGCUGAAGCUAAUCAUGACAGUUUGCUGGAUUUGUUGGUUUCAGAAAAUUCAUGUCUCUUAGUGGACAGUAUACCCUGGCUGGAAAAACACAAAAAGUAUUUUGCACUUGGUCUUCUUUACCAUUAUAAUGGUCAAAAUGAAGCAGCGCUACAGUUAUGGGUGAAGAUAGUUGAAGGACAGCUCCAGGAUACAACCCGUUCAGAUCUUUUUGAAUAUAUUGUGGAUUUUCUCAGUUUCUGCUCUAACCAUGAACUGGUGUGGAAGUAUGCAGACUGGGCCUUGCAGAAAAAUGAAGAGGUUGGUGUACAGAUUUUCACAAGGCGACCCUUGGAUGAAAGCCAGACAAGUAUGAAUCCAGAUGACAUUGUCAACUACCUUCACAAGUACAAGAAAGCAGUUGUCAUGUACUUGGAACACUUGGUAUUUGAUAGAAAUGUUCAGAAGGAAAAGUACCACACUCAUUUGGCUAUACUGUACCUGGAUAAAGUUCUAGAAUUGCACUCCCAGUCAGGUAGCAUUUCAGAAGAACUAAUUUCAGCUCGUCGCAGUCUCAAGAACCUGCUUCAACACUCUAAUCUCUAUAGAGUUCAUCUUUUGCUAGGUAAAAUUAAAGACACUGAUCUCUAUAUGGAAUGUGCAAUAUUACAUGGAAAACUGGAAGAGCAUGAGAAAGCUCUUGAAAUCCUAGUUCACAAGUUAAAGGAUUUCGAAGCAGCUGAGGACUACUGUUUGUGGAAUUCUAAUAGAAAAGAUUCUACAUGUCGGCAAAGGCUCUUUCACAUGUUAUUAGCACUUUACCUGCAGCCAGGUGUCACCAGUGAUGCAUUAGCAAUGGCUGGUGUGGACCUUCUAAAUAACCACGCUGUUGAAUUUGAUGCUGUUCGAGUUUUACAGCAGGUCCCUGAUAAUUGGUCAAUUCAACUGCUUUCACCAUUCCUAACCAGGGCAAUAAGAGGGAGCUUUCAUUCCAAGUGCACAGCAGAACUUACAUCAGGCUUGGCAAGAUCUGAAAACUUAAAUUAUAAAUAUGCAAAGGUAAAAUCAAGAGGAAACAUUAUUACCCUUUCAGAUAAAAAAGUCUGCCAAAUAUGCCAGGGCUUUUUCACAGAACCAAUCUUUGUGCGAUAUCCAGACGGUGGUCUUGCUCACAUCCAGUGUACUACAAAACACCACAGCCUGCCUGCUACUGAUCAGAAUUUUGCCAGUCGCAGAAAUGUCAUGAAAUAGUGGCCUUGACAUGGUGAGAUGGUCACUUGAAAAAUUACCUUGUUGAAGAUCACCAUAAGGAAGAGGAACAUGCUGCUAAUCAAGAAAGAAGAAGAAAAAGAAACCAGUCUGCAUCUAGAAUUUUCCAAUGGACAGCACUGAUUUACAAAGUAAAUGCAGCCAAGCAUUACCGGAACUUCUAGAAUUCCCCACUAAGAAUGAUGCUAAUAGCUGUAGUUUGCAACGUGCAUAAAACACUGUCUGAAAACCUGGCCGUGUUUAUUGACAAAGACAGCUGUCCUGUAGUGGAUGGUUUGGGAAUGUUGUCCAGUGAACGUGCAAGUGUCAUACUUUAUCCCUUGAUCUUUUGCCUUCCAUUGUAUAUGUAUAGGCUGUUCUUGCUGCUCUUGGAAGAAGAGUUUUGGAUCAUCUGAGCAUCUGUAAUAGACUUUGGUCCAAUAAUUCUGUAAUUGAAUAACUAUUAUGUAUGAACAAUGGAUUUGUGUGUCCCAGUACGUAUAUAUUUCAAAAUCUGACAGUUUGUUUCACAUGUUAAUGGUAUGAUGCCAUACUUGUAUCUAUUACUUGGUCCUGACCAGCUCUUUUACAUAAUGAAUUUACAAAGCAUUAUACUUUUCCUUCAUACCCAUGUCUUAAAUCUGAGUUUUCCAUCAGUGAUAAUGAAUUACAGGCUGUCAAUGAAUGAUGGUGAUGGAAGGACAACAGAAAGGAUCCAAGAGAACAAAUGUUGUCUGAUUUCUGAUAUGCCAAGUGUUUGAAUCUGUAUAUCCUGACAUGACAUAUGCAUGAAAUUUCCACAAACUUUUAAAGGGAAAGAAUUGGGAGGUUAGAAUAAGAAGCUGACUGAAUAGAUUUUAGUUUCAGCAAUUCUGUUGAAUUUGGCAAGAAUGUUUUUUGGCUACUUUGAGAAUACUGAUUUAGCUAACUGAUUUUGAAACAUAAGAAAUUUUCAUGAAAAAAUGUUUGACUUUCAAAUCUAUGAAAAUGAGAAUAAAUAUUCACUUUUAUCUGGUUAAGUAUCUGUUUAAUCCGCAACUAUAUUUAUCAAUGCAACUGUUCAUUUAUUAACAUAAUGUAACCCAAUUAGCUCUUAACACUGCAUUUUGUUUACAUAAUAUUCUAUCUUGGACUAAUUAUGCUUUCAUAGUAAGCAUUUAAUAUAUAAAUCUUGAUUUAUAAAGAAAGCCUUCAGCCAGGUUACAUGGAUCUUUUCCAGGUUGAUCUGUAUCACUGGUUGCUGAAGAUUUUUUAAAAUAUUGGAUGAAAGAUAUGUUUCAUUUCACCUUUUUUAAAAGUUUGAAGAUGUGUUUUGAACAUCUUGCUAACCAAUAUACAAAAAUUAGAUCAUGCUUUGCACUUUCUUUACAGUGUUUCUUCCAUAUCAAAUCUUCAUUAACACCUCUGUUUCCGGUUGCAUUUUGUUUUAUAUAUUUAACAUUUAAAAGGAAAUAUCUGUGGUGACUUCCAAUUCUUUACUGACUUGAGAACACCUCCUAAAGUAUGAUGCAAACAGUUUCUACUAAAAAGUGCACAUUUUUACAAUUUGUGAAUUGUAUCAGAUUUUAAAAGGAAAACAAAAACAUUGGCUUCAAAUGGCAAGUAACCCAGUUUAAAGGUUUUAAUAAAUUUAAACAAUGUAAUUAAAUGUGGAAAACUGAACCAUAGUGCAUGUCUACUAUUGAAUCACAGAUAUGCACUUACUGUUUCUGUGGUUUGGUAGUUGUAUGCAUAUGCAGUAGUGCUGGCAGCAGAAAUGUAUAUGUUGCAUUAUGAUCUAGACAUUAUUUUCUCUGUCCGCUCAUGUAAGCCUGGUGAUAUACAAGUGGAAAUGUUUUAACUGUUGAGAAUUGCCUAAUACAAUGAGGUAAUUUCUACUUUAAUUGUUGUGUCUAACUGCUCUGCUAUCAAACUUUGCACUGUAAAUAUUUCAUGACAUACCUAAUUGUAUAAAUGUACAGAUGGUAAUUUUAAUAAAUUCUUUCAUUGGGAAAAUUGAA